GGCCGAGCGGGAGGCGCCGCGGCCUGUGCGGGAGCGAGGCAGGGGCCGCGAUGUCCGACUUCGACGAGUUCGAGCGGCAGCUCAACGAGAACAAGCAAGAGCGCGACAAGGAGAACCGUCACCGGAAGCGCAGCCAUAGCCGCUCGCGGAGCCGCGAACGGAAGCGCCGCAGCCGCAGCCGGGAGAGGCGCAACAGAGACCAGCGCAGCGUCUCGCGGGACCGCAGGCGACGCAGGAAGAACCAAGAAUUAACAACAACAGCAACAACACAAGUAUGUGUUGGGAGGUCACCCCUAAAUCUCGCUGGUCCCUUGAGCCGCUCCCCCCGCCAUGAGAAGAAGAAGAAGAUCCGCAAGUACUGGGACGUGCCCCCGCCCGGGUUUGAGCACAUCACCCCCAUGCAGUACAAAGCCAUGCAAGCCGCGGGUCAGAUUCCAGCCACAGCUCUCCUCCCAACCAUGACCCCUGAUGGAUUGGCCGUGACCCCCACCCCGGUCCCGGUGGUCGGCAGCCAGAUGACCCGACAGGCCCGCCGCCUCUACGUUGGAAAUAUCCCCUUCGGCAUCACUGAGGAGGCCAUGAUGGAUUUCUUUAACGCUCAGAUGCGCCUUGGAGGGCUGACCCAGGCCCCUGGCAACCCCGUCUUGGCUGUGCAGAUCAAUCAGGACAAGAAUUUUGCUUUCCUGGAGUUCCGCUCUGUGGACGAGACCACCCAGGCCAUGGCAUUCGAUGGCAUCAUCUUCCAGGGGCAGUCGCUGAAGAUCCGCCGCCCCCAUGAUUAUCAGCCACUGCCCGGCAUGUCUGAGAACCCAUCUGUCUACGUGCCAGGCGUGGUGUCCACCGUGGUCCCGGACUCGGCUCACAAGCUCUUCAUCGGGGGUUUGCCCAACUACCUAAACGACGAUCAGGUGAAGGAGCUGCUGACUUCUUUCGGGCCCCUGAAGGCCUUCAACCUGGUGAAGGACAGCGCCACCGGGCUGUCCAAGGGCUACGCCUUCUGCGAGUACGUGGACAUCAACGUCACAGACCAGCCCGAACAGCGGCCACAAACCAAUCCGAAGACCCCAGCUCUGCUCUGCCCAUGCAAGCCGGCCAUCGCCGGGCUGAACGGCAUGCAACUGGGUGACAAGAAACUGCUGGUGCAGAGAGCCAGCGUCGGAGCCAAGAACGCCACGCUGAGCACGAUAAACCAGACCCCAGUGACGCUGCAGGUGCCCGGGCUGAUGAGCUCGCAGGUGCAGAUGGGCGGGCACCCCACCGAGGUGCUCUGCCUCAUGAACAUGGUGCUGCCUGAGGAGCUGCUCGACGAUGAGGAGUACGAGGAGAUCGUGGAGGACGUGCGGGACGAGUGCAGCAAGUACGGGGUGGUCAAGUCCAUCGAGAUCCCCCGGCCCGUCGACGGCGUCGAGGUGCCCGGCUGCGGCAAGAUCUUCGUGGAGUUCACCUCGGUCUUCGACUGCCAGAAGGCCAUGCAGGGCCUCACCGGCCGCAAGUUCGCCAACAGAGUGGUGGUCACCAAGUACUGCGACCCCGACUCCUACCACCGCCGCGACUUCUGGUAGCUGCCGGGCCGGGCCGGCCCUCGGCCACGUGGCGGGUUUCUAUUUUAUGGCCAAAAUGGUUUUGUUUUGUUUUUUUCAAUUGUUUUCUGGCCCCUCCCCAAAAAGAAAGACACCCCCCCCAAUUUCCUCCCAGCCCCCAGGGGCCCCCCCAGCCGACGGCUGCCAGUGAUGGUUAUUCCAUAGUAGAGACGUCUCCUUGCGCCUUUCUCUCUGCCGUUGCAUAUUGGCUGAGAAGGAUCUCCUCGUUCCGCGCCUUCCCCCCCCCGCCUGUUCUGUUAGCUCCCCCCUCGGUGUGCGUAUGGAGUGUUCCCUCCCCCCCUUUUAUUUCCCGUCGUAAUUAAACACU